GCAGGAGCGCGGCCGGCCGCGGGAGCAUGGCCACGGGCAGCGGCGGCGCCGCGCUCAGCACCGCGGACAGCGCCGCCAGGAUGAACGGGCUGAGCCCCGGCCCGGCCGGCAUCGCCAUGAAGGACCACGAUGCCAUCAAGCUGUUCGUGGGGCAGAUCCCCCGCAACCUGGAGGAGGGGGACCUCAAGCCCCUCUUCGAGGAGUUCGGCAAGAUCUACGAGCUCACGGUGCUGAAGGACAGGUUCACCGGCAUGCACAAAGGCUGCGCCUUCCUCACAUACUGUGCCCGGGACUCUGCUCUGAAAGCCCAGAGUGCGCUGCAUGAGCAGAAGACGUUACCUGGGAUGAAUCGCCCCAUCCAGGUGAAGCCAGCGGACAGCGAGGGCCGAGGAGAAGACAGGAAGCUCUUUGUGGGGAUGCUGGGGAAGCAGCAGAGCGAAGACGAUGUAAGGCGGCUGUUUGAACCCUUUGGCCAGAUCGAAGAGUGCACCAUCCUCAGAGGGCCCGAUGGAGCCAGCAAAGGAUGUGCCUUUGUAAAAUAUGGGAGCCAUGGGGAGGCCCAGGCAGCCAUCAACAGCCUGCACGGCAGCCAGACCAUGCCGGGAGCCUCCUCCAGCCUGGUGGUGAAGUUUGCAGACACAGACAAGGAAAGGACUUUAAGGCGGAUGCAUCAGAUGGCAGGACAACUGGGAAUCUUCAACCCGAUGACCAUCCAGUUUGGAGCCUACGGGGCAUAUACGCAAGCGAUAAUGCAGCAGCAGGCAGCCCUGAUGGCUGCAGCACAAGGGACCUGCCUGAACCCCAUGGCAGCCAUCGCCGCAGCCCAAAUGCAGCAGAUGGCAGCCUUUAACGUCAGCGGACUAGUUGCUGCUCCUAUGACCCCCUCAUCAGGUACAAGCACACCUCCAGGGAUCAGCACAGCGCCCGUCCCCAGCAUAGCCACUCCCAUUGGGGUGAAUGGGUUCAGCCCCCUCCCACCACAGACCAAUGGGCAGCCAGCAUCCGAGACCAUUUACACCAAUGGAAUCCAUCCAUACCCAGCUCAAAGUCCCACUGUGGCAGAUCCCCUCCAACAAGCCUACGCAGGCAUGCAGCACUAUGCAGCAGCAUACCCAGCAGCCUAUGCACCUAUCAGCCAGGCCUUUCCCCAGCAAGCGCCCAUCAUUCCACAGCAGCAGAGAGAAGGUCCCGAAGGAUGUAACCUGUUUAUUUAUCACCUGCCCCAGGAGUUCGGAGAUGCGGAGCUCAUGCAGAUGUUUUUGCCUUUUGGCAAUGUCAUCUCUGCCAAAGUCUUUGUUGACCGUGCCACCAACCAAAGUAAAUGCUUUGGUUUCGUCAGUUUUGACAAUCCAACUAGUGCUCAGGCAGCCAUUCAGGCCAUGAACGGCUUCCAGAUCGGCAUGAAGAGGCUAAAGGUCCAACUAAAGCGGCCAAAAGAUGCCAACAGACCCUACUGACCCCUGCUCACCCUGGCCCUGCAAACAGGUUGGAUGCCCUGCAGCGUAUGAAGAGUAUUAACCCUUUUCCCAAGUGCAGUAUCCAAACUUGUAACUCUCUUUCUUUGCAACAUAUCAUGGAAGAGGCGGAAGCGAAGGAGGAGAAGAAAUGCUGGCGAAAAAGAGAGCCAUCGUGGUUGUAUCUUCUUUUUCUUUUUUAAUUUUUGAAUCAGUUUUGUUUGUUUCUUAACAAGAAAGAAAAAGACACAGUGAUGUUGGAGAAAAGACAAACAGGUGCAGAUAUUUGCUGAGUCAGACUAUGAAAUGGUGGCUGCUGGAGAAGACUUUGAAUUCCUCGCAAGGAGAGAGGUGGGAUUCUUGGAAGGAAAAACAAACCAACCUAGGAUUCAGAGCUAGGACAGGUCAUUCAUGAGGAUGAACCCUACCUUUUUAAAGCACUCAUUUGCUGCUACAAGUUUCAAAGGAGGAACUAGGAAAGAGGAUCCAAAUGGAUAUAAACCAAAGCCAGUGGGAUUGGACCAGGCGUGUAUGUUUCACCUGGAUAACGUUUUGUUUUAAAAGGGAAAGAGAAAUUGAUUUUUUUCCAUAUCUGGCUGGAAAAAAAAAAUCAAAGGCUAAGCGCAUGUUGGACUUAUAGAAGAGAUAUAUAAAUAUGUUUAUAUAUAUAUAUAUAUACAUAUAUAUAUAUGUAUAUAUAUAUACACACAUACACACACCAUGGAGCAGGGCAGAGGGAUGUGCCCCCUCCUUGCUUGUCACUGGCACAGGGACAUAGGAUUUACUUCUUUCAAAGUCAUAUCAUUCCUUAGAGUUUAGGGACCAAAGGACUACUGCUUUUUUAAAAAUAUAUAUAAAUAAAUUAAUUUAACAAAAAAACAAAGAAAAAAGGUAGACGUAUCACAUAACAGCUGCGAGCGUUUCAAAAAGAAACACAAAUAGAGGGAAACUAGAAAGAGCUUUGUUUACCGUGUCGUGUGUUCCAGUGGCCCAGCGACUCCAUAGGCUGUAGGAGCCCAAGGGACCGGAAAGCAGGGAAGUUUUUCCAAGGCUAUGGAAAGUGAAAUCGUGGCAUUUCUGUCAUGGCAACUUCUUCUCGCACCUCUGUCCCACCCCAGACGAAAACAUAGAAAUGAAGAUUUUGGCUGGUAAGUAGAGCUGGUUGAAAGAUCCAAUUUUGCCUCCACCGAGAACAUGGAAGAAAUCAUUCCAUUUGAAAUUGUUAAGGAAGAUUUGGGUUUUCUCAAAGGAAAAUUUUUAAAGAAAGCGAAGAUGUUUGUUUCAAAGGGAAAUUUUCAUUUUGUUUUGAGUUCUUGAGAAAUUGAAAAUUCCAUCCAAAUUGGCCUGUUUUCACUACACAUUUCAAUUUUGAUUAAACUCCCUUUGUGACAAAAACCGAUUUUGGUUGAGAAAUGUCAACCAGCUCUACUGCUGAGACAAUUAUGAGAAAUGUGUUGCAACCUUCACUAGCUCCUGAGAUAUAUAUGAUCUCCUCGGCCUCUCCUUUACACUGUGUGCGAGAGGUGAAUUGGGGCCAUAACGUUGUACAUCCAAAUCCAACUCUGUUACACCAGUGCAUCCCUUGCUGAGGUCGCUGCAUUACCUGGGCAUAGCCGAUCAGAAUUUGGUUCGUGGGUUGCAGAUAUAUUAACAUAUGAUACCUGAUGCUUCAGCAUAAGACUAUAUCAGACUGUGCCAAAUAUGUAUGUGGAGCACACAUCCCCUCCAGGUGCUUACAUGUUUCAUUGUGAAAACAAAAGAUUUUCUUUCCCACACACCCUUCACCACCUCUCACAUUUCCUAUCAGCAGGGCAGAUUUGCUCAAGGUCAGAUAUUUGCAUCAUGGUAUAAAUCUUCCCCACCAGCUGAUCUCACUGAUCGCUGCAUGCGUCCAAAGGUAAAAUUCAAGCCAGGAGAGGCAGUGCGGGAGGCUGUUAUUAACUAUAGUGGACCAGACUCUGCACUGAUUUAUAUUCCCUGCAAUCCCAGUGGAGUCAAUUUGAUUGUAUGGGGCAUCCAUCAGUACAAAGUUUGGUCCAUUAAGUUUAAACAAGGGCUGAAUUCAUCCCUGAGGUAUCAUAUAAUCAUAGAAACGUAGGGCUGGAAGGGACCUCAAGACAUUAUCAAGUCCAGCUCUCCCUCAUGAAAGCAAACCUUCAUCUUUCCCCACCUCCAGGCCCAGAAUAAAAAAAACUAGCAACUUGGUCAUAUACAAAAAAUAAAACAAGAGAGAGAGCAAACGUCUGAGAGACCAGCAGCCUCUGGGAGAGGUCAGAUUUUACAUGUCAUGGAGAUUUAUAGUCAUAGCAUGAAAACUUGAUUGCACUGGAAUCAGGUGUUUCGCCAUUGACUUCAAUGGGGUCAGGAUUUCACCUGUGGAUUGGAAAGCCAGAAGGGACUGCAUAACUGCAUCGAACACAAUAAUUUUGCAGAAUGGUAGAAGCAGAUAUCCCCUGCCAUCCAUAAAUACAUAUAUACCAGUGGGCUCUUGUCUCACCUGUCCCUUUACUUCUUGUCUUUGAUGUUCUCCAGGGUGGCUGAAGCUUUGCUCCCCUCCUCGCAACCAUUGGAAAGGCCUUGCCUUCAAGUCUGAGAGGAUGUGCAGUCAUGGCCCUUUAAAACUCCCCCUGUCCUGCAGGGAGGGAGUGUCCUUUUUGACAGGAACUCAUUGUUAUUCAAUGGAAUUCACCCUGCAGAGCAGAAACCCCCAGAUAGGACAGAUGGGACCUUAAAUGAGCUGGACUAUAUCUCCUGUGGGAUCUUAAAGGAGCAGGCCUGUAGCACUUUGUUUUAAAUUUCUUCACACAUCUAUCACUUCUCUUUUCUUAGUUUCUGUCACAACUCGUGUUUUCCACGGGCAGCAGGCUGUGCUUCCCCCAGUGCCUGAACCUGUCACCUUGCAAGCAGUUGGAAGGAAUCAUCAUAAGGCUUACAAAAAUAGAAGGGAGUGAUUCAGGAUCUAAAACCAUGCCCCUGAAUUGUGCUCCAGAGUCAACUCAAGGGAGAGGAGGGCAUUUCUGAAGCCUCAAAAUGAGCACCUUCCUCAGAUGUCUCCAUCCCUGACUCCACGAUGCUUUCACACUCAUAGUAGCUAUAAGCAUGCCAAUGCAUGGACCACCUUCUGUUCCCUGCAAGCAUUACCCAGGAGCGUUACCUAGAAGAGUAUUCCUUGACAUGCAGUGUUCCAUCCAUUGUCAUUACCUAUAGGGCUUGGACUUAUAAGGAGCUCUUUGAUCCAGAUCCACAUAACCAACUGAAACGCCACAGGAUCCAUUAUGCACCAGCCAAAUGCUGGGUGUUGAAAUGGUCACAGACCUGCUCAUUUUAUACUACCAGUGCAUUUACUUGGAUUCACUGCUGCUCUGCUGGGCUAGGUUUAUGGUUUAAGUAGGUGUUAAUUAUCAUGCUGUGUAUGGGAGAUCCUGCUGCCUUUGACCUGUUUAGAACUAAAUUAGACUCUAUUUCAAACUAAAAUUGUUUGCAGCUAGGCAGGAAGGAAGAGGGGCGUAAGGAAUGGUGCUGUACACGCACUGCAUGGUUAGAGCAGAGGACUGGGAGUUGGGACUCAUGGCCUUUAUUCCUGACAUUGCUGCAGAUUCACUGGAUGGGAUAAAAGCUCUGUUUAAAGUCACUGUCCUCGCUCUGCCUCAGUUUUAAAACAGGAAUAAUAAUAGUGCCCUAACUCACAAGACACAUUGUGAGGCACGUUUAAUCGAUGUUUGCAAAGUGUUUUGAGAUCUUUGCAUGCAACGCACUGUAGAAGUGAAAAAUAUUAUGUCUGUAUAGCGGUCAGAUACUGAAUUGCCAGCCCUAAAGUACAUCACUCAGAGCCUUUCAAGAAAACCCUUCUACUCCAACAGUACUAACUAAGCCAGGGCCUGAUCCUAUGCUAUUGGAGCAGGAUCCAUCCAUCCCAUUGCAGCUUUGCCACUGACUUCAGCAUGUACUGAAUCAGACUCCCACCACAGGCUGCCCCCGAGCCUCAGCCGCUCUUUGCCCCGCUGAAUGUACAAAGAAAAGAAGUAGCUGGCACCAGGCACGGCUCUCACAAUGCUAGUGGGGGUAGAAAGAAGCCCAUACUGUUGAGCAUUCAGGGGACAAGGGAGCUGGUUGACUAAAGGUUUGUGGAAGCAAUCUAACCAAAGAGCUUCUAAAGCAAGUAUGUAGAGCCAGGCCACUCAUAAAGCCUAGCUGUUGUUUAGUGCUAAAUGCCAUGCUACUGAGGGUAAAUGUGGUCAGAAAUUCUGUAUUUCUAAGACUAGGGGUUGUCUCCAAACCCUCCUUGUUUUUUGCAUCUCUCGAGCCAUCUCCUGCCUUACAGUCCCAGGCUCUGAGAGUCAUAUUUGAGUCACAGCAUUGAUGAGCAUACACCAACAUACUCCACAGCACUCGCACCUUCUUUAGCCUCUCUGGUGCCUGCAGAUACCCCACAAGGGAGGUGGGCUCUGUGUCUCUUGAGCAAUAUUAACCAAGGGCCAGAUCCUGCUCUCAGUUGCACUGGUGUAACUUCACCCACAUUUGUUCUUCAGUACCUAGUGACCAGUCACUUUACGACAUGACUUUUGUGGGUACUGGUUGGCCAUGAAUGGGUUGCCCAAAGCCACAAGGGGAGGAGAGGAGGUCCGAGAUGGAAUUUAGGAAAUGUCCAGCCGAACAGAAUGCAGGAUGGACAAGGCAUGUGAAGAGACUAGAUGUGUCUAGUUGCCCUUCAUAGCUCACAUGCCCUGGUUUGGUCGCUUGGCCACUGGACUCCUUUUUCUGUGAUUCAUUGUUACAUUUCCUAGUGGUUUAGAACAGAAUGCUUUUGUAGAACGUUAGCAUUUAACGUAGGAUAACUCUCCAUUUGAAAACAAAAAAAAAAGACAAUCGACUUUAGUGAUCAUGUGAAAGUGACUUUUUUUAAAAAAAAAAAAUGAAAAAAAGCAACAACAACAAAAAAUACAUACAACAGGGGGGCUCCAAUCAGCAAGUGAUACUCAUAGUACAACUGAACAAUGUGUUCCAGGCUCUACUUCAAACAGCAGACCACUGUAGUGAAUAUGGGGCCUGUUAGGUGUGAUAGCCCUGUUCCAGCUGCCUCCAGGAAAGUUAAUGAGUGGCUCAAUCCUUGUUUCCAUAUAAGUGACCUGAGAAAUUCAGUGACCUGCUCCCAGCUGCCUAGUAUCAAAGGGUGGUAUGUUGAGUGCCCCGUCACUCUUUAGCUCAUCCAUGUCUCUUUCUGAAAGACUGAGCUUUUGAUGGCUUAGCUCCAGGUAUAACCUACAUAAAGAAACUGCAUUGCCCAGGGAAGCUACAGGCCUAAGUUUUAGAAGGCAAUUUAUGAUCUAUAAUCACCUACUAAAAAAAAAAGAACGUCUUACACCAAGAACCAAGGUACAUUUGGCAGGAGAUCUUGUUUAUUCUUAAAUUAUGGUGUUAUCAUACAGAAAUAUGUGUUUCCUCUUAAUGGUGAAGGGCAGUUGAAAACCUUGACUCAUGCAAGAAAUUCACUCAGUAGAAAGAGGCCCUAAUUAUCCUUCAGUUUGCAAUUUGUGUUGUCAUUACACCUGUUCAAAGUGAGUGUAGGACACUACCAGAUCAGAGUUGGUGCAUCUUAUAUCCACUUGGUAGCAGUGAAAAUAGCAACAAACGAUGCAGGACAUCAGAGAAUUAGGUCCAGAGUCUUCUGACCCAACCAUUAACUUAAACCGCCAAAUUUUUGUGCUUCCUUUGUCAAAUGAUCCACUCCAUUCCAACUGUUGGAAAAGUCUGUAAGUAUUUCAAGACAGCAUUCUCUUCCAGUUCCCAUUUACUGCCAUUUUGGUUUGGAUUCGCUGCCCCAAAACGUUGGGGCCAAAAACCGAUAUGCAAGUAACUGAAGAAGUGAUGGUGAAGGGAAUAAAGGGAAGCUUUGCUGACAUGUCCCACUGUUGGGAUCAAACUACAGUGUAAAGCAAAGGGGUGGAUGUUCUACAGAUCCUGUUAAACCAUACUUAGUAUUACAGCUAAGAGAAGUAAAGCUAGUCUGCUACUCCCUGCCUUUAAAACUGGUCCCUCAGUCUAGAGCAAGCAAAAACAAGACUUUCAUAAGACUUUCCUGGUUAUCUUACUGGCUUGGACAACACCAAAUAGGCAUUAAGAUACCAUAACGAUUGGCACAGCAUAAGAACCUGAAUAGAAUAGAAUAGAAAUAUGAAGGGGUAAGUGGCAAGCAAUAAACAGGGAACCAAUAGAACAAGGAGGUUUGGACAGUGGAAAUGUAGGUCACUGAAAUUGUACUGUACAUCCCUGCCUCAGUGAGGGCUUGGGAGAAGCCAUGGGUUCAUGUUGUUAGUAUGCUUUAAGAGCAGGGAAUGAAGGAUGCGUUAUACAAGGAAGAGAUUAGUUGGGCCCAAGACUCUUCUCUGUAUCACAAAGUCCACACAUUUUUGUAGACCUGGAGGCUCUGACAUGGUGGACAGUCCUGGCUUGAGAUGCCAAUUCACCCUUUCUUGUUCAUAAUUUCACCAGUGGAGGAAUGAAGGCUGGGAUUUCCAAAGGAGCCUAAAAGAGGUAGGUGCCUAAUUACCAUUGACUUUUAAUGGAAGUUGGGUACAUAACCCCCUUUGGCUCCAGACUAAACGAGCAUUCUUAAAAGGCUUAGACAGAACAGGCAAGAGCCUGCUCAUGUGAUUUGCCUCUUGUUCCAUUUCCCAUAGUUGCAUAAAAGAGAAAAGGAAACAACUGAGGCCGGUAACACUAGUGGGGGAUAGUGGGCUCACAGAGUAGAGAAUCUGGCAAUGAUCUAACCUCAGCCUUGUGCUGUCUUGGCACAGUAUUCACUCUCCCACCACAUCUGAGUUUCAAAGAUCUAGUAGAUUCACUAGCAGCAGAAGAAGCUAGACAAGACCAUGACCUGGCCAGGCUCCAUAGUACAAAGUGUCCAUGGAACAUAUUUGUCCCAGUUAUUUGGAUGAGAUUUUCUUUUUCAACAAACAGAUUUUGCUCACCAGCCGCUGCCCACAAACCCUGUUGGGUGAUAGCUGUUGCCAGAUACAAGGGAUGAUAUUCUCCACCUCCUGUCUUAAUACAUCUGCCAGGUCCCAGAGCAUGUUGUGUUGUAACUGAAAAAACAAUUGCUUCUUAUUUCUUAAAGAGCUGACCACCUUCUUGCCCAGCAUAAAAUAUUCACUAGAGUGUGUUAACUCAUAAAAGGUUGAGUGAUUGGUCCAUUGCCUUUUGCCUGUGGGCAGCCUUGGGCCAGAUCCUCAACUGGUUUCAAUAUGUGUAGCUUCACUGAAUUGAAUUUGUUGGCUCCAACAGAGCUACAUUGAUUUACACCAGAUGAGGAUAUGGCCUUGUGCAUCUCUCCAUUUCAAGCCUAUUGUGAUAAUGACUUGAGCUGGCAAAUUAACUGACCAAAAAUGCAGAAAUACCAACCGUUGCUUUCUUCUUGACAACACAUGCAGUGACCAAGUGGACGUGUACCAUCCCACCCACACAGAAAUUCCAGCUGCAGAAUUUCAUCUAGUUCCUACUGGUCCAAUUGGACAAUGACCAGCAGGGUUUGGAGCAGAACAAGGGACCUAUUAAUCUGCUUGUUCCUAGGGCUACUAGUUCAUGGGGCUCCUGGCACUUCAGUUGAAGGAUUCGGAUUGUGCUUACUGGAACUGUUACCAGGGCAAAGGUGGCCGCAUUUCAAUGUGGUAUGAAGUGAUCUCUGAAUAGAUAGGGCUGAUUCUGGAGUUCCCACUGGUAUACUGCCAGUGACUUCCCUUACUCUUACUGUCUCAUUGUGAUUUAUCCAGGAGUGUGAUCAGAAUCAGGCACUAUACAUUUGUAAAGCACUUUGGAGUCCUUCACCAUGAAAGGCACUAGUUCCAGGUACAAGGCUGACAUUAACGAUGGAAAGGCAGAGAGACAGUUUCAAUCAGCUCAUGGGCCUGGUUCAUCCAGUCUCAUUGCUGUACCACACAUUGAACAGGGAGGGAGCGUUCCUGAUCUACGCCUGCUCCAGUGUAGCACCAUUAUGGCGCCUACUCCUCCACCCCAUUGGCAUAGACUAAAAGUAACUACACUGAAGUCAACGGAAUAACACUGAUGUUCAACCAGUGUAAAUGUGGGGAGAAUCAGGCUCAUAAAGGGUUAAACAUAAUAUAUAUUAUUAGUUGCGAUUAUCAAUACAUUUUAAGAGGCCCAAUAAAGAUGCCUAUAUCUGUGCAUUCCUCUAACUUUGUGGAAUCAUAGAAUCAUAGGGUUGGAAGAGACCUCAGGAGGUCAUCUAGUCCAACCCCCUGCUCAAAGCAGGACCCACCCCAACUAAAUCAUCCCAGCCAGGGCUUUGUCAAGCCGGGCCUUAAAAACCUCUAAGGAUGGAGAUUCCACCACCUCCCUAGGGAACCCAUUCCAGUGCUUCACCACCCUCCUAGUGAAAUAAUAUUUCCCAAUAUCCAACCUACACCUCCCCCACUGCAACUUGAGACCAUUGCUCCUUGGAGUGUCAUCUGCCACCACUGAGAACGGCCGAGCUCCAUCCUCUUUGGAAUCCCCCUUUAGGUAGCUGAAGGCUGCUAUCAAAUCCCCUCUCUCUUCUCUUCUGCAGACUAAACAAGCCCAGUUCCCUCAGCCUCCCCUGGUAAGCCAUGUGCCCCAGCCCCCUGAUCAUUUUUGUUGCCCUCUGCUGGACACUCUCCAAUUUGUCCACAUCCCUUCUGUAGUGGGGGGACCAAAACUGGAUGCAAUACUCCAGAUGUAGCCUCACCAGUGCCGAAUAAAGGGGAAUAAUCACUUCCCUCGAUCUGCUGGCAAUGCUGCUACUAAUGCAGCCCAAGAUGACAUUAGCCUUCUUGGCAGCAAGGGCACACUGCUGACUCAUAUCCAGCUUCUUGGCCACUGUAAUCCCCAGGUCCUUUUCUGCAGAAUUGCUGCUGAGCCAGUCCGUCCCCAGCCUGUAGCGGUGGAGCUCAGAGGCAUCAGUGGAACUAGCGCCUAAAGCACUGAGGCAGGGAUGGGCAGGCUACAGAUGGAGAUGGACUGGGAGGAAUACCAAAGGGGCAGAUUUGCUUCUCUCUCUUCCCAGCAGCAGCGAGUGCUUGGGACCUUUUCCCCUCUUGAUGCCUGACUGCAAAUAACCAGGGAUGAGCCCAAGCAAUCGGAUCUACGUGGGCUCUUUGCCAAAGAUCGGCAGUCCUAGGCCCAGCCCAUCUCUAUAAAACGUGAGUCUAAGUCACAAAUGAUGGAGCCAGCCCCUGUCUAAGAGCCUACACCCAGGGUAAGAUCACAGGCCCCCAAGCAGCUUGUAACACAACUAGACUGCAAUUAACAAAACGGCAGCAUUUCAACAGAGGACUGGGGCAGGUUAUUUUUCCGAGUGGGAGGUUUUCUCCUGGCUUCUGGAAAGGGCUGUAUGACAGUGGGGCUGCGGCUCUGCUGUGUGUGCAGGGGUCUUUAUUACUCUAUCCUAGCCAUUGCUCUAAUAUUGCCUUCAUUUAGAAGUACAGUCACGCAUGCCUGAACUUUUAUCCGUGAGCCUUGGCAGACUCCCUAAGGAACAUGCUUGGGGAAACAAUCUGUCUGGGAGCCUCACAGUGGCUGUUGCAGGGCAAGCCCAGAAUAGGUUUCUCAGUGGAGUGAGGGCAGGGAUUUCGCUGUCUGAUAUUAUUAUAUGUUAAAGUCACAACUGACAUAUGUGUGGGCCCAGGCCUGGUCCCCAAAAAAGAGGGUCUGAGCCAGAUGAUCAAGAGCAGUCACCUGGGAAGGGCUUCAGCAGAAAGCUUUCGGAUGAACGACAGGUAUGAGUCAUGAGUUCAGCUAAUACUAUAAUUCAGUAGCAAUCAAGGGGGACUAUCUUGGACAGCCAAGGCACACAGAACUGAGAGCCAAGCUUCACUCCUCCACAGGGCAUGUAUGUCUCCAGCUGAUGUAACAUUUCCAGGCACGGGGAAGAAGCGAGGGAAAGUGACCCCUGUGCUGGCAUAUGAGCCCAGCCAGCCUGCUCCCAGACUCAUUUUCAGCCUGCGCACGCUCCCUGUCAGCAGCGAGGCGCAUCAUGCUCUCCGGCUGCGCCAUCGCCCUCAGCCCCAAGAGCUGUGGGACGAGACUGUCAGCUCACCGGUUCUGCAGAGCGCAAGCAGAGGCAGAGACAGCGUCCAGCGUGGAGGUGCCAGCACCUCACCACUGGGUUUGCUCGCCCUAGUCAGGCAUAUCCAAAGGAAUUGGACAAACUGGCAGCCAACCCAGCACGGUGACCUCACAGUCUUGGGCAGCGGGGAGCACACACCAGGUGGCACGUUGUGUAGCUCGGCUUGUGGUGAAAGGCUGGGAUGAGGGGCACAAGCGCUGGCUCUUCCACAGACUCACUGGGUGGCCUCGGACACGUUAUGCCACCUCCCAGGGACUCGGCUGCCCCACCUGGAGCAUGAGGCUAAUAAUCAGGACCAAACUCAUUGGGCUGGGAGGCUAAGUCCAGUCAUGUCUGUAGCACGCUUGGAGACCCUCCCAGGAAAGGCAGCACCAACCUGUAAAGGCCUCAUGUUACUGGGUCCUGAGCCAUGCACAAGGGCCAGUGCUGGUGAAGAGAGGGCACCAGAUAGCAGGUCAUUUUGAGCUGUGACCCUAAUGACUCAUUGCAGGGCCUCUGGCUCCUCUAGGUUCAUCCUCACAUGAGUGUAACCCCCCAGGUUUUUGAGCCAUGCAGCACAGACCCUAGCUAGAGCUAACCACCAUAGAAUCAUAGAAUACCAGGGUUGGAAGGGACCUCAGGAGGUCAUCUAGUCCAACCCCCUGCUCAAAGUAGCCAGCAAACCUAGGGCUCAUGUGGCAAGGGGAGGGUCCAUUUUAAAGGCUAUAGCGAGGGAGAUGCAGAGAGAUCAGGGCUGAAGGCCAACCAGAGGCCAUGUGCUCUACAGGACAGUAGAGCCAGCUGCAUCAGCAGUGCCAGCCCCAUCCCCUUAGGGCAGGGAUUUUGACUGGGCAGUCCAGGUUGCUCCCCAUCACUCACAAGGAGGGCAUGGCAGACUCCAGCAGAGGUAAGGGCCCUUCAGACAUGAGUACAUUCCUGACAGCCCGGGGCUAUGCAGCGUGGCCCAUGCUAGUUAAAUGGGACUGCUGGCCAGUUGGGGCUGCACAGCAGUUUGAAUGACUCCUGAGCCGCUCUUGCCAGCAAUGUCAGGUAUCAGUAAAGGGACAGGUGUGAAAUGUGUAGGGAGGGGGCAGGGCCCAAGCCACUGGUACAUGUUACCCUGCAGGCCUGCAAUGUCAAGCAACUGAUCAUUUUGGGUGCCCAAAGGGAGGCUGCUUAAAAAGAAGUUUCAGAGGAGUGGUGCUCAGCACUGUCUGAAAACCAGGCCCCCUUCGGGUCUCCAAGCUGGCACCCAGGUCACUUUGGAAAUCGCAGGCCUCAGUAUACAGCAAUACACAUGCGUCAGCCUUUGUGAUGCCAGCAAGUCCUGGCUGGCUUUCUCUAAGCAACCCCAAGGCUUUUUCUACAUCUGGGGGUGGGGGGAGUGUUGGAAAGUGCACUGGGCCAGAUCCUUCACUGGUACAAAUCAUCUCCAUUGACUUCAACAGCCCUACCCUGAUUUACACCAGACGAGGGUCUUCAUGAUUAGCAUUGUGAUAGCAUUCCUCGGAGCCCUAGUCAGGGCCCAGGACCCGAUCAUUCCAUGUGCUGUGCAACCACAGACCAAAAAGAGCUGGCCCUCUGCCCAUGCAGGUACAAGCCAGGGAUUGCACCGAGCAAGUCUUGCUGCCUCCCAGAACUCCUGUAAUGAAUGUCCCCUUUGCCUGAGAAACAGUCCAGUCCUAGAGCCAGUGCUGGGAGCUAUCCUAUGCCAUGAGGAGAUUUUCCUGCUGCAACAGGCUAGCUGUUCUCUUUGCCUCUGCUUACCCUGACUGCCAACUAGCCACAGCGACUGUCAGUCAUAACGCAUCAUUUUAAUUACAUUGUUAACUGCUUUAUAAAUCAUGGUUUUAAAAUACAAGUGAUUUCAGUGGGUUUGUGCAACGAAGGACAGUUUGGAAUUCCUGAUCCAAGACCACUGCUGGGCCAAGGGGAACAGAAUUCUUCUCUCUUUGUUUUUGGCUUGAAUUAUCUGUAGGGUUAAGAGGGAGUGGUGGGCAAGGUAAUUUCUCCUCCGCCAUACAUUGAAAUCCUUACACAUGAGCCUAGUGAGGAGAACAAGUCCCCUCACCAAGUUGGUUCUCUUGGUGACCAGAGGCCGAUGACUCGGAGGGAACCAGAAUUACAGAGGCAGGCAGCUACUGAGGUACAGAGAAUUGAUGGCUCAAAUGUCCUGGAGCUCUGGGCCUGGGGUGGAGGCUUACCAGUCUGAAUCCCAAAGAACCUUGGCUGCCUUUUUGGGUCUGGAUGGGGGGUGGGGGGUAGUUGGUGCACAAUCCCUGGGAGCUUGGUUAAAGACGUGUGUUGUCAUGAGCGAGCAGGGAAAGGGCUUGGUCUGCUUUGCUAUCUCCCAGCCCUGGCAGGGCUGAGCUCACACGCGGUUGUAGGGACAUGGCCCUGUCCCAGCAGCUCUUCUGUUCUCACCCUUCUUCUUCCCGGCGACCCAGCCCCACAUGUACAUUGACACAAACCCAGCAGUGACUGCCGUCUCUAAGGGCUAACUUUCUGCUGCCAAGGUCUAUUGCUACCUUGAAGGACCAGGGCAACCACAGGAGAAUUCUCAAUAUAAAGCUACCUCGGACAUAAAGGCUGCUAUCUCCCAACCCCAUCUUCCAUUGACUCACCCUCUGUGCCCCCCUCGCUGCAGCAUGGACCCUCCCUGCUUCCUGCCAGCUCUCGGGAGUAGAAUCCAUUAAGGAGCAUUGGCCUUCCAUUCAAAAGUUACUUCUGUCCCAGCCCACCUCCCUCCAAGCUGGGAAGUCUCUUCGGAGACCGGGGGACCCAACCAGCCAGUACCUUUAUGCAGUUCUUCCCUUUAACAGCAGAUUUGGAAUUCCUGGCGCUUUGUCCCCUGGCCCAACAUCUGUGUCCAGGAGAGGGCUGGAGGCCCACUGGGAGGACCAUGUGGGCCAAGGCAAUGGUUCCACCAGGUUUGAUGAGCCAGUCAGAGCCAUGCUAAGCUUGUCUAUAGUGGAAGACGCUCUUCGCACAAUGCGUUCCUGCACCCUGUUCUCACUCCCUCUUUUUCUCCUGGUCCCAGCCCAUUGCAGCAUGGAUUGGGGGGACAGGGGAGAAGAGGAGUUGUAGCUCAGGGGAUCACAGACAGCUCCCAUCCCAGGAGACCAACGCCAGCUCAGGAGCCCUCCCAAACCCCACCAUGACUAGAAUGGCAUCCCCCAGUGAAAUACUGAGACCCCCCACACAUACACAAACACACACACCCUCCCUCCGCCAGCCUCCUUUCCCCCUCCCCCCUCCCUCCAGCCUUUCCCAGCUGUUGCCAAUUCCCAGCUGGUUUAGUGCCGACACCCUUUGCUGCAUGGACUCCUUCUGCUAUCGCACCCAUUGUCUGUCGUUCCUACCCCCACCCUAGAGCACAGCCACUGGAGUGCUGGGCUGAGUCCUCCCAACUGAGCGCUUUUUCUGAUGCCUCAGGCUUGGGGCGGGAAGGCUGGGGACUCCCUGGCUGAAAAGCAACACAUGAAUCCUGCCUUGUGAAGGGAACCAGGAAAUGGGCAGGAGAGACAGUCCAUCCUUCUGGCCAUAUCACACUUCAAGGCACCAGGCCUGUUAGCAAAUGCUUUUCAGUGGUCCAAUUCCUCACCCCAUCCAUGCCCGGGGCAGCUUGGUGAAAAGCUCCUGACCCAUAAUGACCUACCUUCCUUCUUAGGAACAAAGCUCCAAGGCAGAGUCACCUGGCACUCCAGCUAGCUACACACCCAGCCCUCAUCUGGCUUUGGCAGGGUCUAAGUGGGCCUUCUGGGCUGACAAAAACACAUAGACCCCCCAGCAGGCAAGCCAAAGAGAACAGAAAACGUUGCUCCUGGCCUGCUGGGAUAGACGUUUCUUUCACGCCCACCUUGUCGCUCAACUAACCCUUUUUAAAAAUCUUUUCCCUCUCCACCCUCUUCCUUUCCCAUGAUUCUAAGCAGAGCACUCGGCUCCAAGCAGUGGGGGGGGGGGGGGGGAACAGACCACAACAGGCUUUGAGAUUCCAAUUGAGUCCAAUUACUUUGAAUGAGUCUCAUUUUGAUGUCCUUGUAGCAUAAGCGAGAUGAAUGGAUGGUAACUCUGUAGCUCUGUAGUUAAUGAUAUGCUGCUUAGACUGAAAUAAAGCACAGUCCAGUGGGGUUUUGCCUGGU